CAGCAUAAUCUCUCCGGCCGCAGGACGCAUGCUUGGGCUGCCUCCGAACGUUGGGCAGCCGCAGCUCCUUGUUCCAUCCAUCAAGAGUAUCGAAUCUUCACGAUGAAGGCAGCCCCUGCCUUAUGGCUCCUGCUGUCCCUAGCCUACGCCAAUGCCUACACCAAGCUCACAGACGACCGCUGCGACCCCACGCGCGAGCGCGACGACCAGGCGUGCCGGGCGCAAGGCCAGAGCAGCAAAGGCCAGAGCAUCUGCUGCGCGUGCCCCGGCACCGGCUAUUGCAGCGACGGAUUCUCCUACGAGACCGACCUGGCGUGGGCGUGUAGCGCACCGGAUAAGUGUGGGCCGGGAGUGACUAUGGUGACGGGCUGCUGCUAUGCCCCGGGAUCCACGGAGGCGACGUACAUGGACGAAUAUGAUGGCCUGUGCACGCUCAUAAUUAUAUACCUCGUGUGCUCGGCGAUGGUCGGCAUCGUCGGCUGCGUCUGCGCGAAGGAGAGCGGCCAUUGGGCGGGCCGGACCUUGGCCGAAGCGCCAGACGCCGUCCCUGUUGUUUCCGACAUCGAGGCCACUACUACCAUUGCCAAUCCCUUGCUACCUGCAGAAACGCCGAGCGCGCCGCCGGCGCCCGAGCCGGCGCCGACGCCGUCCGCGCCCCCGUGGGAGCCGAUGUUUACGGAUACAGAGGCGUUCGCCUACGCGACACCGGCGUUCCUCAAUACGGAAGACGAGGACGCAACGCCUGAGGGCAUGGUGGUGGAGCCGGGCGUCGGUGUCGGAAAACCCGCCGACGACGCGCCGCCCGCCUACGUGGAGCAGCCAGCACUCGUCCCGGAGGGCCAGCCCGCCGAAGCCGUGGCCGUCGCGGAGCAAGUCGAACAAGGCGCCGGUUGUGGCCCCGGUUGCGGCCAAAGCCCGCAUUUGAAGUCGCUCACCCUGACAGUGCUCAUACUCAUCAUAGUCGUGCCGCUGCCCUUCUGCAAUGCGACGUGGCUGUACCAAGGGAAAUGCGCUGACUUUUGGAACAUGAGAAGCUAUGGCCGCGAGGAAGACGCGUCGGAUAACGCGUUCUGGAUCCUGCUGGUCUGUUACGUCGCCGAGUGCCUGUGCUUCUCCGACACGCAUAAAUUCCUGUGGAACCUCACGCGCGACUCUGCGCUGAAGCCUCACAUCGAACAGGUGAAACGCUCGCGCCCGAUCAUCAAGCUCAAAAUCCAGUGCUACCACUUCGAGACGCAUCACUGGUGGGAAACAGUUAAGGACCAGCACGGGCGCGAGCGGCGCGUGCGGCGGUCGAAGGAGGUGCGCGUGAACACGCACGCGGCGUCGCACGUGUACCAGUACUCCUGGGUGCGUGACAGCGGCGGCGACGCCUACAACCGCUGGCCGGCGACGCUGCUCGCCAAGGUCGAGUUCGGCAAGCGCUGGACGUUCGGCGACGACUAUACGCGCCAGCAUUUUGGCAUGUACAAGCGGCGCUUCAUCCGCCACCAUCGGCGGGACCGACACUUCGACUUCUCCCAAGAUUUCGAGCUCCCCGAGUUCCGGGAGCGGCUUUUGGUAGGAAUGUGUGUGGAAAUCAAAUAUAGGGCGCCCCACGCCAUCGACGCGACGUGCUUCCGUAGUUGCGUCUGUGCGAUGUCCACGCCAUCGAGGCGACGUUGUCACUGGAUAACCUGACUCACUUGUUUUCCACACAGGUCGAGAUGUACCCGGGGGCGAAGCCGAAAUACGCCUCGACGGGCUGGUACUGGGUCGCGAACCUGCUGCUGCUCACCUGGCCCUUCCGCGUGUGGCUCGAUUCCAUCUGCCAGCGGCGCCGGUACGAGUACGUGAAAGAGAUCGUGACGGCGCCGCCGAGCGCCCCGCCCGCCCCCAUAGUCGUGCACCACCACCAUCAUCACACCACCACCGUCGUGCACCAAUCUGCGCGCGCGGCCCUUUCGAUGCAGCAGCAACUAUACUAGACCUCCUCCAUGCUUUUGUUUACCCCUGUGGAGCGCAGUAAGUUUUCCACACCGUGA